GUGGGCGGGGUUUAUGUAUCCUGAGGGGCGGAGCCAAGCAGCCAUUUGAGACGGACAAACUGAAGCAGUGUAAUUAACGGAGGAAGCAGCGGAUAACGUUAACUUUCUGGGACAGUCAUGAACUAGGACUGAGUAACUCCUAGAUCCUUGCUGGAGUCUCAGAGUUACAGUUGAAGAUGUUGCGCUACGUGAUCAUCUUCUCUGCACAUCUUAUGAUGGCUCUAAAGGUUCAAGCCCAGUGUGAGAGUCCUGCUGUUGGAGAAAACCGGAUUAUGACUGAAAUAUCAGACCAACAGACUUUUCCUAAAGGCUACACUGUAAAGUUCAAAUGUUCCACCGGUUAUAUUCCAGAGCGAACAUCAGCUUCCAGGACAAUCACCUGCAAUGGAAACCAGUGGAGCAAACUGCAACUUCAGUGUAAAAAAAAAUCCUGUGGAAAUCCUGGUGAGAUUCUCAAUGGAAAGUAUUUAUUUCCAGAAGGCAUUCAGUAUGGUGCAACAAUCAUGGCACAGUGUAACGAAGGUUAUCAGCUUAUUGGAGAUUCAGAGAGAAAUUGCAGAGAAAAAGGCUGGGAUAAGAGACAUCCUGUAUGUGAAGUGGUGAAGUGUAUAAAUCCUCCCAGUGUACCAGAUGGGGUAUUUGAACCAGAGGAGGAAGUGUAUAACUAUGGAGAUGGAGUCUAUUACUCUUGUAAGAGAGGUCUUGAUCUGUUUGGACCUUCACUAUUAACAUGCUCCAAUGAUGGAACCUUUCAGCCUGCUCCUCCUCGGUGUCUGUUUGUGACCUGUGAGAGACCCGAAAUCCUACAUGCAGUUAGAAUCGAAGGAAAAUCGGCACCUUAUAAAUACAGAGACUUUGUUCGCUACCGGUGUAAUGAAGGCUACAAAAUGGAAGGAUCUGAUUUCCUGAUCUGUAAAGAAGAUGGGUGGGAUCCACCUCCUCCUCAGUGCACAAUUGUGACCUGUUCACCACCGACUCUUAUACACAAUGGACAAUUUAACCCUCAGAAGAAGUUAUAUGAGUAUGGAAACAGAGUCACAUUCAGGUGUAAUGAAGGAUUUAAACUUAAAGGCCCUGCAAGUAGUUUAUGUACCGAACAUGGAAUAUUUCACCCUUCUCCACCUCAGUGUGAGGAGAUCUUCUGUGAUCCACAAACCAUCCAAAAUGCAGUUAUUGUUGGAAAUUCCUCAUUGUACAGAUACAAUGACUCUGUCCAAAUCAGGUGUAAUGAAGGCUACAAAACAGUGGGGUCUGAUCGCCUGACCUGUGGGGUGAAUGGAUGGAGUCCAGGUUUCUCACCAUGUACUGUUGUGACCUGUGAGAGACCCGAAAUCCUAAAUGCAGUUAGAAUCGGAGGAAAAUGGCCACCUUAUAAAUACAGAGACUUUGUUCGCUACCGGUGUAAUGAAGGCUACAAAAUGGAAGGAUCUGAUCGCAUGAUCUGUAAAGAAGAUGGGUGGGAUCCACCUCCUCCUCAGUGCACGAUUGUGACCUGUUCACCACCGACUCUUAUACACAAUGGACAAUUUAACCCUCAGAAGAAGGUAUAUGAGUAUGGAAACAGUGUGAAAUUCACGUGUAAUGGAGGAUUUAAACUUAAAGGCUCUGCAAAUAGUUCAUGUACCGAAGAUGGAAUAUUUAAGCCUUCUCCACCUCAGUGUGAGGAGAUCUUCUGUGAUCCACAAACCAUCCAAAAUGCAGUUAUUGUUGGAAAUUCCUCAUUGUACAGAUACAAUGACUCUGUCCAAAUCAGGUGUAAUGAAGGCUACAAAACAGUGGGGUCUGAUCGCCUGACCUGUGGGGUGAAUGGAUGGAGUCCAGGUUUCUCACCAUGUACUGUUGUGACCUGUGAGAGACCCGAAAUCCUAAAUGCAGUUAGAAUCGGAGGAAAAUGGCCACCUUAUAAAUACAGAGACUUUGUUCGCUACCGGUGUAAUGAAGGCUACAAAAUGGAAGGAUCUGAUCGCAUGAUCUGUAAAGAAGAUGGGUGGGAUCCACCUCCUCCUCAGUGCACGAUUGUGACCUGUUCACCACCGACUCUUAUACACAAUGGACAAUUUAACCCUCAGAAGAAGGUAUAUGAGUAUGGAAACAGUGUGAAAUUCACGUGUAAUGGAGGAUUUAAACUUAAAGGCUCUGCAAAUAGUUCAUGUACCGAAGAUGGAAUAUUUAAGCCUUCUCCACCUCAGUGUGAGGAGAUCUUCUGUGAUCCACAAACCAUCCAAAAUGCAGUUAUUGUUGGAAAUUCCUCAUUGUACAGAUACAAUGACUCUGUCCAAAUCAGGUGUAAUGAAGGCUACAAAACAGUGGGGUCUGAUCGCCUGACCUGUGGGGUGAAUGGAUGGAGUCCAGGUUUCUCACCAUGUACUGUUGUGACCUGUGAGAGACCCGAAAUCCUAAACAUAGUUAGAAUCGAAGGAAAAUCGGCACCUUAUGAAUACAGAGACGUUGUUCGUUACCGGUGUAAUGAAGGCUACAAAAUGGAAGGAUCUGAUCGCAUGAUCUGUAAAGAAGAUGGGUGGGAUCCACCUCCUCCUCAGUGCACAAUUGUGACCUGUUCACCACCGACUCUUAUACACAAUGGACAAUUUAACCCUCAGGAGGAGUUAUAUGAGUAUGGAAACAGUGUGAAAUUCACGUGUAAUAAAGGAUUUAAACUUAAAGGCCCUGCAAAUAGUUCAUGUACCGAAGAUGGAAUAUUUAAGCCUUCUCCACCUCAGUGUGAGGAGAUCUUCUGUGAUCCACAAACCAUCCAAAAUGCAGUUAUUGUUGGAAUUUCCUCAUUGUACAGAUACAAUGACUCGUUCCAAAUCAGGUGUAAUGAAGGCUACAAAACAGUGGGGUCUGAUCGCCUGACCUGUGGGGUGAAUGGAUGGAUUCCAGGUUUCUCACCAUGUACUGAGAUCUGUGAUCCACAAACCAUCCAAAAUGCAGUUAUUGUUGGAAUUUCCUCAUUGUACAGAUACAAUGACUCGGUCCAAAUCAGGUGUAAUGAAGGCUACAAAACAGUGGGGUCUGAUCGCCUGACCUGUGGGGUGAAUGGAUGGAGUCCAGGUUUCUCACCAUGUACUGAGAUCUGUGAUCCACAAACCAUCCAAAAUGCAGUUAUUGUUGGAAUUUCCUCAUUGUACAGAUACAAUGACUCUGUCCAAAUCAGGUGUAAUGAAGGCUACAAAACAGUGGGGUCUGAUCGCCUGACCUGUGGGGAGAAUGGAUGGAGUCCAGGUUUCUCACCAUGUACUGUUGUGACCUGUGAGAGACCCGAAAUCCUAAAUGUAGUUAGAAUCGAAGGAAAAUCACCACCUUAUAAAUACAGAGACUUUGUUCGCUACCGGUGUAAUAAAGGCUACAAAAUGGAAGGAUCUGAUCGCAUGAUCUGUAAAGAAGAUGGGUGGGAUCCACCUCCUCCUCAGUGCACAAUUGUGACCUGUUUACCACCAACUCUUAUACACAAUGGACAAUUUAUCUUUCAGGAGGAAUUAUAUGAGUAUGGAAACAGUGUGAAAUUCACGUGUAAUAAAGGAUUUAAACUUAAAGGCUCUGCAAAUAGUUCAUGUACCGAAUAUGGAAUAUUUAAGCCUUCUGCACCUCAGUGUGAGGUUGUGACCUGUGAGAGACCCGAAAUCCUAAAUGCAGUUAGAAUCGGAGGAAAAUGGCCACCUUAUAAAUACAGAGACUUUGUUCGCUACCGGUGUAAUGAAGGCUACAAAAUGGAAGGAUCUGAUCGCAUGAUCUGUAAAGAAGAUGGGUGGGAUCCACCUCCUCCUCAGUGCACGAUUGUGACCUGUUUACCACCGACUCUUAUACACAAUGGACAAUUUAACCCUCAGAAGAAGGUAUAUGAGUAUGGAAACAGUGUGAAAUUCACGUGUAAUGGAGGAUUUAAACUUAAAGGCUCUGCAAAUAGUUUAUGUACCGAAGAUGGAAUAUUUAAGCCUUCUCCACCUCAGUGUGAGGUUGUGACCUGUGAGAGACCCAAAAUCCUAAAUGCAGUUAGAAUCGAAGGAAAAUGGCCACCUUAUAAAUACAGUGACUUUGUUAGCUACCGGUGUAAUAAAGGCUACAAAAUGGAAGGAUCUGAUCGCAUAAUCUGUAAAGAAGAUGGGUGGGAUCCACCUCCUCCUCAGUGCACAAUUGUGACCUGUUCACCACCGCCUCUUAUACACAAUGGACAAUUUAACCCUCAGAAGGAGUUAUAUAAGUAUGGAAACAGAGUCACAUUCACAUGUAAUGAAGGAUUUAAACUUAAAGGCCCUGCAAGUAGUUUAUGUACUAUAGAUGGAAUAUUUCAGCCUUCUCCUCAGUGUCAGGCACAAUGUGUCAGACCCAAUAUUGAGGAAAAUAGGAUUCUCGCUGAAACUUCAAGGCAAGACAAUUUCCCUGAUGGAUCGACACUAACAUAUAAAUGUUCCACUGGUUAUGUACCGAAGCAACCUGGAAGUUCCAAUUCAAUCACCUGCAAAGGAAACCAGUGGACUGAACUACAACUUCAGUGCAAAUUAAAGUCCUGUGGAAGUCCGGGUGAAAUUCCCCAUGGAAAAUAUUUAACUCCAGAUGGAAUUCUGUUUGGUGCAACAGCCACUGCACAGUGUGACGAAGGGUAUAUGCUUGUUGGAGAGAGAACUAGGAAUUGUCAAGAUAACGGUUGGGAUGGGAGAGACCCUGUGUGUGAAGUAAAGUCCUGUGGAAAUCCGGGUGAUAUUUCCCAUGGAAAAUAUUUAACUACAGAGGGAAUUCUGUUUGGUGCAACAAUCACUGCACAGUGUGACGAAGGGUAUACGCUUGUUGGAGAGAGAACUAGAAAUUGUCGAGAUGAUGGUUGGGAUGGGAGAGAUCCUGUGUGUGAAGAGGUGAAAUGUAAACCACCUCCCAGUAUACAGAAUGGAAGUUUUGAGCCCAUGGAUGAGGUUUAUUAUUAUUAUAAUCAGUCAGUCACAUACUCUUGUAAUAAAAAUUACACUCUUAUUGGAGCAUCAGUGGUAUCCUGUUCUGACAACGGAACCUUUCCUCCUCCUCCUCUGUGUUCAAAGUUACAGUUGAAGAUGCUGCGCUACGUGAUCAUCUCUGCACAUCUUAUGAUGGCUCUAAAGGUUCAAGCCCAGUGUGAGAGUCCUGCUGUUGGAGAAAACCGGAUUAUGACUGAAAUAUCAGACCAACAGACUUUUCCUAAAGGCUACACUGUAAAGUUCAAAUGUUCCACCGGUUAUAUUCCAGAGCGAACAUCAGCUUCCAGGUCAAUCACCUGCAUUGGAAACCAGUGGAGCAAACUCCAACUUCAGUGUAAAAAAAAAUCCUGUGGAAAUCCUGGUGAGAUUCUCAAUGGAAAGUAUUUAUUUCCAGAAGGCAUUCAGUAUGGUGCAACAAUCAUGGCACAGUGUAACGAAGGUUAUCAGCUUAUUGGAGAUUCAGAGAGAAAUUGCAGAGAAACAGGCUGGGAUAAGAGACAUCCUGUAUGUGAAGUGGUGAAGUGUAUAAAUCCUCCCAGUGUACCAGAUGGGGUAUUUGAACCAGAGGAGGAAGUGUAUAACUAUGGAGAUGGAGUCUAUUACUCUUGUAAGAGAGGUCUUGAUCUGUUUGGACCUUCACUAUUAACAUGCUCCAAUGAUGGAACCUUUCAGCCUGCUCCUCCUCGGUGUCUGUUUGUGACCUGUGAGAGACCCGAAAUCCUAAAUGCAGUUAGAAUCGAAGGAAAAUCGCCACCUUAUAAAUACAGUGACUUUGUUCGCUACCGGUGUAAUGAAGGCUACAAAAUGGAAGGAUCUGAUUUCCUGAUCUGUAAAGAAGAUGGGUGGGAUCCACCUCCUCCUCAGUGCACGAUUGUGACCUGUUUACCACCGACUCUUAUACACAAUGGACAAUUUAACCCUCAGAAGAAGGUAUAUGAGUAUGGAAACAGAGUCACAUUCACAUGUAAUGGAGGAUUUAAACUUAAAGGCCCUGCAAGUAGUUUAUGUACCGAACAUGGAAUAUUUGAGCCUUCUCCACCUCAGUGUGAGGUUGUGACCUGUGAGAGACCCAAAAUCCUAAACGCAUAUAGAAUCGGAGGAAAAUGGCCACCUUAUAAAUACAGAGACUUUGUUCGUUACCGGUGUAAUGAAGGCUACAAAAUGGAAGGAUCUGAUCGCAUGAUCUGUAAAGAAGAUGGGUGGGAUCCACCUCCUCCUCAGUGCACGAUUGUGACCUGUUUACCACCGACUCUUAUACACAAUGGACAAUUUAACCCUCAGAAGAAGGUAUAUGAGUAUGGAAACAGUGUGAAAUUCACGUGUAAUAAAGGAUUUAAACUUAAAGGCUCUGCAAGUAGUUUAUGUACCGAAGAUGGAAUAUUUAAGCCUUCUCCACCUCAGUGUGAGGAGAUCUGUGAUCCACAAACCAUCCAAAAUGCAGUUAUUGUUGGAAUUUCCUCAUUGUACAGAUACAAUGACUCUGUCAAAAUCAGGUGUAAUGAAGGCUACAAAACAGUGGGGUCUGAUCGCCUGACCUGUGGGGUGAAUGGAUGGAGUCCAGGUUUCUCACCAUGUAUUGUUGUGACCUGUGAGAGACCCGAAAUCCUAAAUGCAGUUAGAAUCGGAGGAAAAUGGCCACCUUAUAAAUACAGAGACUUUGUUCGCUACCGGUGUAAUGAAGGCUACAAAAUGGAAGGAUCUGAUUUCCUGAUCUGUAAAGAAGAUGGGUGGGAUCCACCUCCUCCUCAGUGCACGAUUGUGACCUGUUUACCACCGACUCUUAUACACAAUGGACAAUUUAACCCUCAGAAGAAGGUAUAUGAGUAUGGAAACAGUGUGAAAUUCACGUGUAAUAAAGGAUUUAAACUUAAAGGCUCUGCAAGUAGUUUAUGUACCGAAGAUGGAAUAUUUAAGCCUUCUCCACCUCAGUGUGAGGAGAUCUGUGAUCCACAAACCAUCCAAAAUGCAGUUAUUGUUGGAAUUUCCUCAUUGUACAGAUACAAUGACUCUGUCAAAAUCAGGUGUAAUGAAGGCUACAAAACAGUGGGGUCUGAUCGCCUGACCUGUGGGGAGAAUGGAUGGAGUCCAGGUUUCUCACCAUGUAUUGAGAUCUGUGAUCCACAAACCAUCCAAAAUGCAGUUAUUGUUGGAAUUUCCUCAUUGUACAGAUACAAUGACUCUGUCCAAAUCAGGUGUAAUGAAGGCUACAAAACAGUGGGGUCUGAUCGCCUGACCUGUGGGGUGAAUGGAUGGAGUCCAGGUUUCUCACCAUGUACUGAGAUCUGUGAUCCACAAACCAUCCAAAAUGCAGUUAUUGUUGGAAUUUCCUCAUUGUACAGAUACAAUGACUCUGUCCAAAUCAGGUGUAAUAAAGGCUACAAAACAGUGGGGUCUGAUCGCCUGACCUGUGGGGUGAAUGGAUGGAGUCCAGGUUUCUCACCAUGUACUGUUGUGACCUGUGAGAGACCCGAAAUCCUAAAUGUAGUUAGAAUCGAAGGAAAAUCGCCACCUUAUAAAUACAGAGACUUUGUUCGCUACCGGUGUAAUAAAGGCUACAAAAUGGAAGGAUCUGAUCGCAUGAUCUGUAAAGAAGAUGGGUGGGAUCCACCUCCUCCUCAGUGCACGAUUGUGACCUGUUUACCACCAACUCUUAUACACAAUGGACAAUUUAUCUUUCAGGAGGAAUUAUAUGAGUAUGGAAACAGUGUGAAAUUCACGUGUAAUAAAGGAUUUAAACUUAAAGGCUCUGCAAAUAGUUCAUGUACCGAAUAUGGAAUAUUUAAGCCUUCUGCACCUCAGUGUGAGGAGAUCUUCUGUGAUCCACAAACCAUCCAAAAUGCAGUUAUUGUUGGAAUUUCCUCAUUGUACAGAUACAAUGACUCUGUCAAAAUCAGGUGUAAUGAAGGCUACAAAACAGUGGGGUCUGAUCGCCUGACCUGUGGGGAGAAUGGAUGGAGUCCAGGUUUCUCACCAUGUAUUGUUGUGACCUGUGAGAGACCCGAAAUCCUAAAUGCAGUUAGAAUCGGAGGAAAAUGGCCACCUUAUAAAUACAGAGACUUUGUUCGCUACCGGUGUAAUGAAGGCUACAAAAUGGAAGGAUCUGAUCGCAUGAUCUGUAAAGAAGAUGGGUGGGAUCCACCUCCUCCUCAGUGCACGAUUGUGACCUGUUUACCACCGACUCUUAUACACAAUGGACAAUUUAACCCUCAGAAGAAGUUAUAUAAGUAUGGAAACAGAGUCACAUUCACAUGUAAUGAAGGAUUUAAACUUAAAGGCCCUGCAAGUAGUUCAUGUACUGAACAUGGAAUAUUUCAGUCUUCUCCUCAGUGUCAGGUAAAGUCCUGUGGAAAUCCGGGUGAUAUUUCCCAUGGAAAAUAUUUAACUCCAGAUGGAAUUGUGUUUGGUGCAACAGCCACUGCACAGUGUGACAAAGGGUAUACGCUUGUUGGAGAAAGAACGAGAAAUUGUCGAGAUGAUGAUUGGGAUGGGAGAGACCCUGUGUGUAAAGAGGUGAAAUGUGAACCACACACUCUUAUUGGAGCAUCAGCGGUAUCCUGUUCUGACAACGGAACCUUUUCUCCUCCUCCUCGGUGUUCAAUUCCAGAUACAAAGCUUAUUCCAGUCCUGGUCAAUGUGUCCUCCAGUGUGCCUCCAACAGAGCAAACUGCACCUAAAAGCAUGGACUGAUACAAAUCCCAGGGUGUCUCCAGCUAACGUGCUUUUCAAAGCAAUUCUGCUCUAUUCUCAGUUUUUACAAACUACAUAAUUGAUCAUUAAACUGGCACAACAAUAACCUUUCCAAGUAUAUGCCUUAUGUAUUUAUAGUUCUGAUUAAAAUCUGUAAAAGUAAAAGUCUGUAAUUAAAAGUCUGUAAUUAAAAUUUACCGAAUGUUUAA